AAGCAAAGCUUUUCUGCUCCGUUCCGUUGUGAUUAAAUUAUUGAUUAAUUUAUAUUUACAAGAAUAUAUUUAAGAAAAACGUUGUUUUUUCAAAUAAAUUGUUUAAUUUAUCCUAAUAUUAAUCAAACUAAAAUGUAAUUUUUUUAAAAAAAUCUGUUAAAUGCUGCUAUAAAAUAAUUAUUUCUGAAAAAAGACACAUUUGCCGACUAUUAAAAAUAAGAAAAUAAUUGCAUUAAUUCGAAGUGUGAAAAAAAAAAUAAUAAAUAAACAUGGGUGACAUAAAAUCAUUCCUUCAUCAGUGGUGUAUCAAAAAUGGCAAAGAACCUCAAUUUGAUGUUCGUCCUACAGGUCCAAAACAUCGACAAAGAUUUCUUUGUGAAUUACGUGUAACCGGAUGUGAUUAUGUAGCUGCGGGUAAUUCGACAAAUAAAAAAGAUGCACAGGGUAAUGCGUCACGUGAUUUUGUCAGUUAUCUCGUGCGAAAUGGAUUUGUUAAUCAGAAAGAUGUUCCUGGUGAUAUUGGACCAGUAACACAAAUGAAAAAUAUUAAAGAUGAAAUUAAUAAUAGUGGACCUCAACUUCCAAUAAAAUCAGUUUUUCAAGAUGGCAUGGGUCCAAAUGAUAUUGGACAAGCUUAUAGGCCAUACAAUGAGGGUGGACAAAGUAAUUACACUUAUCGUGAUCGAAUGGCUGAUCAAAUAAAAGUCGAAGACGCUGAGGAUGUUGAUGUAAAUUCUGGUAUUCAUGGCAAUUGGACAAUGGACAAUGCCAAAUCAAAACUCCAUCAAUUUAUGCAGACAAAUAAAAUUAACGCUGAUUAUAAAUAUACACCGGUUGGUCCCGACCAUACAAAGAGUUUUAUGGCUGAAAUGAAAAUUUACGUGGAUCAACUGAGAAGAAUGAUUAUUGGCCGUGAAACUGCGUCCAAUAAACAAACGGCUUCGAAAAGUUGUGCAUUAUCAAUUAUUCGACAAUUGUAUCAUCUUGGUGUUAUUGAAGCAUUCAGUGGGACAUUGAAAAAAAAUAAGGAAGUCGAUCAAUUACAAGCAUAUCCGGUAAAAAUAAGUGAAGAACUCGAGCAUGAGAUUCAUAAUGUUUUGGAUGGAUUGCAAAUAAGACCAAUUAAUAUUCAUCAACCACCUUUGAUAAAAAAAGAAGUAAACGCCGAUAAAACAGGUGGAAUAUCACUGGUGACUGAUCAUGUAUUAGAUGAUUUUAUAUCAAGUAUUCCACAACCAGCUGGCGUUGUUAGUUGGUCGCCACCACAACAAAAUUGGAAUCCCUGGACAGGUUGUAAUAUUGAUGAGGGUCCAUUGUCAACAAUGUCAUUGGAUCAAAUGUCCGACGAUAUGAUGAAUGUCGAAAGAGAUAGAAUGCGUGAAGAUUCAUCAUUACAACAAAGUAUUAAGGAAAGAUCAAAAUUGCCCGUUUUUGCGAAAAAAAAUGAAAUUAUGACAGCAAUUAAUGAUAAUCCAAUAAUAAUAAUUAGAGGCAACACUGGUUGUGGUAAGACAACGCAAGUUUGUCAAUUUAUACUCGAUGAUUAUAUUAUGUCUGGUCAGGGUGCAUAUUGUUCGGUUGUUAUUACACAGCCAAGAAGAAUUUCAGCUGUGUCAGUUGCCGAUCGUGUUGCAUCAGAACGACAUGAAUCAUUGGGUCAAUCAAUUGGUUAUUCAGUGAGAUUUGAAUCAUGUUUACCGCGACCAUACGCGAGUGUUAUGUUUUGUACUGUUGGUGUACUUUUACGUAAAUUAGAAGGUGGGCUACGUGGUGUUUCACAUGUUAUUGUCGAUGAAAUUCAUGAGCGCGAUGUUAAUUCCGAUUUUAUAAUGGUCGUAUUACGCGAUAUGAUACAUCGUUAUCCGGAUUUGAGAAUAAUUCUUAUGUCAGCGACAAUUGACACAUCAUUAUUUAGUCAAUAUUUUAAUAAUUGUCCAGUUAUUGAAAUACCCGGUAGAGCAUUUGCUGUAGAACAAUAUUUUUUAGAGGAUUGCAUUGAAAUGACACAAUUUGUACCUAGUGAGAGUUCAAAGAAAAGAAAAAAUCGUGAUCGCGAUGAAGAAUCAACAGCUGAUGGUGAACCAGAGGAAAAUUAUAAUAAAAUAAUUGAUUCAAAUUAUUCGCCAAGUACAAAAAAUUCAAUGGCACAAUUGCCGGAGAAAGAAAUUAGUUUUGAAUUAAUUGAGGGUAUAUUGAAUUUAAUUAAAGAGAAAAAUAUACCUGGCGCUGUAUUAAUAUUUUUACCCGGUUGGAAUCUUAUUUUUGCAAUGAUGAAACAUUUGCAGCAACAUUCAAUUUAUGGAAGUUCACGAUAUUGUAUUAUUCCAUUGCAUUCGCAAUUGCCGCGUGAAGAUCAACGUAAAGUAUUUGAUCCAGUACCAACGAAUGUGACGAAAAUUAUACUUUCAACAAAUAUUGCCGAGACAUCAGUGACAAUUAAUGAUGUUGUUUAUGUCAUUGAUUCGUGUAAAGCGAAAAUGAAACUAUUUACGUCGCACAAUAAUAUGACAAAUUAUGCGACCGUUUGGGCGAGUAAAACAAAUCUUGAACAACGUAAAGGUCGCGCUGGUCGCGUUAGACCGGGCUUUUGUUUUCAUCUUUGUUCACGAGCUCGAUAUGAGAAAUUAGAUGAACAUAUGACACCGGAAAUGUUUAGAACUCCAUUACAUGAAUUGUCAUUGAGUAUUAAACUAUUGAGAUUGGGAAGUAUUGGUCAAUUUCUUUCCAAGGCAAUUGAACCACCUCCAAUUGAUGCUGUCAUUGAAGCUGAAGUUAUGCUCAGAGAAAUGAAAUGUUUGGAUAAAAAUGAUGAAUUAACACCAUUGGGAAAAAUAUUGGCACGUUUGCCAAUUGAACCUCGAUUAGGUAAAAUGAUGAUUCUAGGAUGUAUGUUUCGUGUUGGAGAUUCUUUGUCAACAAUGGCUGCUAAUAGUACAACAUUUCCCGAAGUCUAUAAUAUGGGUCCAGAUUCAAAAAGAUUGACUUAUCAGCAAAAAGCAUUUGCCGGAGCAAGAUACAGCGAUCAUGUUGCAAUGUUACAUGCUUUUCAAUCUUGGGAGGAAGCCCGAUCAAAUGGUGAAUUAGCGGAGCAACGAUUUUGUGAAAGAAAAAAUUUAAGUUUACCAACAUUGAGAAUUACCUGGGAAGCUAAGAAUCAAUUGCAAGCUCUAUUGACAAGUGCAGGAUUCCCGGAGGAAACUUUAUGUCCAACUCCAUUGAAUUAUCAAGCAGGAGCUGACGUUCGACUCGAUACUAUUACUGCAUUACUUUGUAUGGGACUUUAUCCAAAUGUUUGCUAUCAUAAGGAAAAAAGAAAAGUGUUAACAACCGAGUCGAAAGCGGCAUUAAUUCACAAAACAUCGGUGAAUUGCAGCAAUUUUGAGCAAACAUUUCCAUUCCCGUUCUUCGUUUUCGGCGAAAAGAUACGAACCAGAGCCGUGUCAUGUAAACAAAUGACAAUGGUUUCUCCAAUUCAUUUAUUAUUAUUUGGCUCGAGAAAAGUUGAAUAUAUCGAUGGUGUUGUGAGAUUGGAUAAUUGGAUAAAUUUAGAUAUAAAACCAGAGACAGCGGCAGCAAUUGUUGCAUUGAGACCGGCUUUAGAGAGUUUAGUUAUACGAGCUGCAAAAGAACCGGAAGCUAUUCUUGAGCUCAGUCCUUUGGAGGAGAAAGUUUUUUCAGUUAUAAGAUCACUUUGUGGUAUGAAUGCGUGUCGUCAUAAUAUGGAUCCAAUAACUGGCGGUGGAUUUCAACGUAGAACACCAAUGCGAGGUCAUGCUCCAAACUUUUCACCGGACAGUGGUCCAAUACCAAAAUUAAUGCGAGGAGGUGGUGGUGGUGACGGAGCACGUGGAAUGGCAAAUUCUGGUUUUCGCGGUAAUUCUGGAAAUGGAGGUGGUUUUCGAGGAAAUAAUGGAAAUGGAGGUUUUAGAGGAAACAGUGGAAAUGGAGGAUUUAGAGGAAAUAGCGGAAGUGGGGGAUUUAGAGGAAAUAGCGGAAAUGGAGGCUUUAGAGGAAAUAGUGGCUUUAGAGGCAAUAGCGGUUUUCGUGGUAAUGGUGGUUUUCAAAAUAAUUUCUCAUCUCGGGGAAAUUUCGGAAAUCGUGGUGGUGGUGGUGGUUUCAAUAGGGGAGGUAGUCGUGGAGGUAGAGGAGGCGGAGGAGGUCGAGGGAGAUUUUAAUUUUAAUAGUAAAAUUACAUAAUUCUGUUUUACAUUUAUUGUUAUGCGAAUUCUUUAAUUUAUCUUCCAUACUUUAAAAAUUAUUAAAGAUAUCAUUAAGGUACACUUUAUUCUAUACAUUAAUUUUAAUUGUCCACAAUAA